CUUCCAGGUUUUGCCCUCGACAUCGUGUUUGCUCUCGCGAAUGGCUUCUCCCCUUCCUAUGAGUUCUUCGCAGUCUCUCGCUUCUUGGUGGGCGUCAUGAACGGCGGGAUGUCGCUGGUGGCUUUCGUCCUGCUGAACGAGUGCGUGGGCACCGCUUACUGGGCAUUGGCAGGAUCAAUUGGUGGCCUGUUCUUUGCGGUGGGGAUUGCUCAGUACGCUUUGUUAGGCUAUCUGAUUCGCUCCUGGAGGAUGUUGGCAGUCGUGGUUAACCUGGAGGGAACAGUAGUCUUCCUGCUCUCUCUAUUCAUCCCCGAAUCCCCUCGCUGGCUGUACUCACAGGGCCGGCUGAGUGAAGCCGAGGACGCCCUCUUCCUCAUCGCCAAGAGGAACCGCAGGCCCAAGUGCACUUUUUUCCUCAAGCUGCCGGCGGAGAGGAGCCACAAGGAAGCGGGCAGCAUCCUGGACCUCUUCCGACACAAGAUCCUUCUGGGACGGACCCUGUUGAUGAUGUUCAUCUGGUUCGUGUGCAGCUUAGUUUAUUAUGGUCUUACUCUCAAUGCGGGCGACCUGGGUGGCAGCAUCUAUGCCAAUUUGGCCCUUUCUGGACUGAUAGAGAUUCCCGCAUACCCGCUCUGUAUCUACUUGAUUAAUCAAAAAUGGUUUGGCCGGAAACGGACCCUCGCGGCAUUUCUGUCCCUGGGGGGACUGGCUUCUCUUGUUGUCAUGUUUCUUCCCGAAAAGAAAGCUACGGGAGUGUUUGCGUUCGUAAACAGCCGGUCCUUGUCUUUGCUGGGGAAGCUUACCAUCAGCUCCGCAUUUAACAUUGUUUAUAUCUACACAUCUGAACUCUACCCUACGGUGAUUAGGAACGUUGGAAUGGGAGCCUGUUCCAUGUUCUCCCGAAUUGGAGGGAUCAUUGCUCCUUUCGUUCCAUCUCUGAAAUCUGUGCAGUGGUCUCUGCCGUAUGUCGUGUUCGGGGUCAUGGGCCUGCUCUCGGGCCUGCUGAGCCUCUUGUUGCCCGAAACCUUAAACAGCCCAUUGCUGGAGACGAUCUCUGACCUGCAGGUUUGCUCCUACCGGAGGCUGGGCAGGGAAGCCGUGGCGCUGCAGACGCUGGAGCGCUCCCGGUCUGACCACGAAAGCCCCGCGGGAAGCGACAGCGAAGACGAAGAAUUCUACGAUGCGGACGAAGAGACACAAAUGAUCACGUGACGGUGGA